UGUUAUUGCUUGACAUGGAUGAUGACGCUCUUAAAAACAAAAUAUUGUGUGAAAAUCAUUUUCUGGCAUCCUGCAUUCGAAGUGGUGGGGGUAAAAAACAUUUACAUAUCUUUGCUGUGCCCCUUAAAUAUGACGUUAAGACAGGAGAUAUUGUUUUAAAUGGUAACGAGCUCGAAAUUGAUGGGUUAAUCGAAGACGUUUCAAACCUUGUAGUUAAAAAAUCUAUCAGUGAUAAAACGUACGCUGCCGCUAGUUCAAACAAUUUACAUUUUACGGGACAAGAUUUACUAGAAACUCGUCAUAAUGAUUCUGUUCACCUUUCUAGUUCGACUAUUCUCGAUGACAUCAUAGAAAGUUUUGCAAAAAUUGCAAGAUAUUGGAUUGGUUCCAAGGAUGGUCGUUUGUGACCAAGGAAGCAACAACCGAAAAGCGCUGGCAUCCCUGGGAGCUUCAAAAGAUAACGUUAAAAUUUUUAUAAAUGGAAUGGAGAUAUAUACAUGUUUUGAUACACCCCAUUUAAUUAAAAGCUUGAGGAACAAUUUUAUGAAUACAAAAUUAAAAAUUGUCGUAGACGGUAAUGAAGUAUCUUGGCACGAUUUUGUCGAUACUUAUAAAAUCGAUCAUAAAAGCAAUGUAACGAGAGCAAUGCUAAAAAUUACAGAUACGCACGUAAAUCCAACAACCUUUCAAAAAAUGAAAGUGAAGUAUGCCGUGCAGG